CAACGGUGGAUCGAAAACGAAAAAAGAACAACAUACAACACCAGGGAUUCGCUGGUCGUCACCGACCCAACUACUAAUCUGGCGGUUGGUAGCUUAUCUAGGGGAGAGCGGACGGGAUCCCGAGUUUUCUACCACCUAUGGUCGUAUGUGAUAGAC